AUGUCAAACAAGCCGCCGAAGACCAAGAGUGUGACGACAAGUGAAAGCAGCGAAUCGGAUCCGGGUAACGCGCUUCUGCUGGUUGUGGAGGAACAAAUCAUGGGAUUGGAGGGGAGAGUGGAUCUGGUGAUGGAGCGCAUGGAGGCAAUCGAUCACAAAAUCGAUGACUCUGUUCAAGUAGCAAUUCAAAGAACGAACACGGUCAAAGAAGCAUUGGGGAAGCAAAUCGAGGACGCUGCCUCUAUAAAGGCUUCAUUCGUGGAUCAAUUCGGAGCUAUGGAUUAUAAUCUGGAAGCCAUGAAUUGGAGGUUCUGA